UCUUCCAAGCUGCAACUUCCCCAGCGCGCACAGGCUCACGGAGCAGGGAGAGCGCAUGGGAGCAGGGCACGGCCAGGCUCUUUCACCCCAGGGAAGGGUUUGAGUGCCCAGGUGCAGCAGCUAGAGACCUCCAUCAUGGGAACAAGCAGUGAACUUCACGUGGAGGAGAGCAGGUCAAACACCCUGCCUGUCCUUUUGGAAGUGAGCGAGCUGUUGGCCGCAGCAUCCAGGCUGGCCAGCUGAGCGAUACAGGCAACAAGGAAAAGACAAAACAGCUCAUUACAGGACUCGUAACAGCCACAUUCAUUCUGCAGUCUGGGACUUCUGGGAGCGCAGAGAAGGAGCUUGGUCUUGUCAUCAGAAGAGGGGACAAGGAUGGAUCUGGAUACCUGGUUCUGAAACUGGUCAUGCCACUGCCUGCCCCUCCAUUUCCCCCAGGGACCGUGGCCAAACAGAAGGGAACAGCUUUACUGGCACUGAUGGGCUCUCGGAGGUGCACAGAGCUCCUCGUCUCCCUCCAGCCCUCGUGUUUGUGGAGCUGCAACUCCUUCGCAUGCGAAAGCAGAAGGUUCCCUCUGCACGUGCCCUAAUGCCGCAGCUUUGUGGCUUGCGAGCCUCCGCAGCAGAGGAGAGGAAGGAGAAGCUUCUCCCCAGCCUUAGGGGGCAUCAUCAAUUCGAAAAGUGCUUUGAGACACCUGGGAAGAGACAGAGAAGGGCAGUCCUGCUGCUUCCACAUUUGGCCCUGCAGGUUUGGCACCUCGUUUCUAUGGAGUCUUUACAAUUUUCUCUGCACUUUUGCAGCCCCUGCACAUUUGCUGCCUACCCUUCCCUGCCCCAAAGCUGCUCUUUUAUCUCUGCCCAGUUCAGCUCUCCAUAGGACCUUUGCUCAUCACACACCAUCCGACUGCCUCCCAGCACAGCCACCAUCUCGGGGCCUGGGCUUGAACUGCUCUCGAAAAAGAGGUGAGGUUUCCAAACUCAGCAUCCAGGCAGAGCUGCAGGGCUUGUGCUGCAAUACGGUGUUAUUUUUUAAUCGAUAUCUUUCACUUCAAAAGCCAGUUUUCGCAGAGUUAAGUGGCUGCACAAAUUACUUACCAGGCUUGAAAAUACAAGACUUGGAGAGUGGUUGAAUGGCCCAGCCAAGAUCCCAUGGUCAGAUCCCCAUCUGGAGCUGCUUCUCUCUGCCCUAUGAAGUGAGACGAAUCCUCCCAGCUGCUCCCAGGCCUUGGAGGGCACAAACGUGCGGUUUAUUUAGCACCGCAGGAGUGCAGGACUAGCUGAACUGCGUCGCUAAAAUUUGUGAAAAGUACUCUGAAAUGGCAGAAUCAAAAAAACUUGCUCAUUAACAGCACGAAGAAAUCUUUUCUGCAAGUGGGAAAGAAGUCAGUGCUGGAAGGAUGAAUCGCAGUCAACCUCUGAUGCUGCGUGGUAACUGUGCCCACACCGCAGGCCAUCAUGCCACCAGGACAGGAAGGCAGAUCCGCGCCGCGGCGAUGGACUGGCCCGGGAGCGCGGCCAUGGCGGAGAAGCAGAGCCCCGUGGACUACGGCGUCCAGAUCCGCUUCAUAAACGACCUGCAGGAGCCCAAGAAGCCCCCCAAGCUGCGAGCCAAGGCGGGCAAGCCCGGCUCGUACGGCGUGGCGGUGCGCGUGCAGGGCAUCGCCGGGCAGCCCUUCGUGGUCCUCAACAGCGGCGAGAAAGGGGGCGACUCCUUUGGGGUGCAGAUCAAGAGCGAAGGCACCUACGGGAACCCCGCCACAGCCCAGCGGCCUCCAGACCUGCCCUCCGGCUCGGUCAGCUCCGACUCGGAUUUGCCGGAAAACCCUUACGCGGCCCGGCUGCCCCGCCGACCUGGCUCUCGCUGCAGCACGUCGGACGAGGAGCCGAGCGGCGUCUCCGGCGGCGAGGAGCUGCGCAGGACCCGCUCCCACGGCAGCCUGCUCGGCCCCACGGCCGAGGAGCCCUUUGCCCCCAGCCCGCCGCGGGCGCAGGCCAACGGUACCCACCAGCCCCGCGCCAAGAGCAGCAGCAUGUUGAACAUCGCCGGCCGGGUGAGGCCGGAGCAGAGCCGCCUCUCCGGUUUGAGGGCCGCAGCCAAGCAUCCUUCCUCGGACUCGGAGACCUCGGGGCCCUGCCGGCCGGGUGACGCCGGCGGCGGUGACAUAGACACCAAGCCGCUGUCCUCCGUGGACUCCCUCAUCAGCAAAUUCGACGGGAAGGUGCAGCAGAGAGGCCGAGCGGCCAGGAGGGGCCGGAUCCCCUCGGAGGAGAGGAAGCGCUCGCAGAGCCUGGACGGACGCAUCUCUCGCCGUGACGUCCCGGAUGCCGGAGAGCUGAGCGGCGCCCGGGAGCUUCGCCCCCAGCCCUCGGCGCCCACCGGCAGCCCGAGCUGGCCGAGCAGAGCCGGGCUGGCGGAGGACGGCGUGGCACUGAGCCGGCGGGUGACCCGGGGCGCCGAGGAAGCCACGAGCGAGCGGCUGCAAAGCAAAGCGCGGGCAGAGCUGCAGAUGAAGUCCACGCCAGACCUGCUGCGGGACCAGCGGGAGGUCGCCCAGCCCGGCAGCAGCGAGCACGCCAAGGAGCUCAUCUACGGCAUCCUGAAGGAGGGGAGCAGAGACAGCGACAUCUCCCUGAAGAAGAAAACUAAUCUGGUGUUUGAGAAGAUCCAGGAACUCACGGGGUCUCUCCGUGAACCUGCCAAGGAUGCAGCCUGCUCCCAGCCCCAGCACAGCGAGCUGGCGAGGAAGGUGGAGGAGCUGCAGGAGAAGCUCGAUGAGGAGACGAAGCUCCGCCAGAAGCUCGAGCUGCCGAGGGAUCCGGCAAGGACAGGCUCCACUCGGGCACUGGAAACCCGGCUGCAGGAGGCGCAGGAGGAGAGCCAGCGGCUCCGGGCAGCCCUGGAGAAGAAAGCUCAGGAGCUGCAGAGCAGUUUGCAAGAGCUGACUGACGUGAAAAUAGCCAAGGAGCAGGCGGAAACGCGGCUGGCGGACUGCGAGGAGCAGCUGAUGGUGAUGCACGAAGAGCUCGACCAGCUGCGCAAGGGCUCUGAGAUGCCUCCGGACAGGGAGGCCUUAUACAAGGAGCUGCUGGAGACUCGGGAGGAGCUGGAGGAGGUGCUGAGCUCCAAGCAGCGGCAGGAGGAGCACUUGCGGCUGCGGGAGCGGGAGCUGACGGCGCUGAAGGGAGCCCUCAAGGAAGAGGUGGCCAGUCACGACAAGGAGCUUGACCGCGUGCGGCAGCAGUACCAGAGCGACAUGGACCAGCUGAGGCGCAGCGUGGAGGACGUGUCGCAGGAACAGGCCAACCUGGAGACAGAGAGGCAGAAAAUCAACGCUGUGGUGAGGAACCUCCAGCGGGAGCUGGAGGAGAGCGCGGAGGAGACGGGGCACUGGCGGGACAUGUUCCAGAAGAACAAGGACGAGCUCCGCACCACAAAGCAGGAACUGCUGCAGGUGAAACUGGAGCGGGAGGAGUUUGAAGAAGAGCUGCGGGAGCUUCGGGAGCGCUUCUCGGCCAUGCGGGAGGAGGUGGACCAGAUGCGGAGCAGCAUAGUGGAUGCCGGCGAGCUCGAGGCGCUCAGGAAGGAGCUGCGCCAGGCCCAGGAGGCGCAGCGGGAGCUGACGGCAGAGAAGCAGGCUCAGGACGAGCUGUUGCGCCAGCGGGAACGGGAGCUGGCGGCCCUGAAGGGCACCAUGCGGGAGGAGGCGUCCAGCCGCGACGAGGCGCUUGAGCAGUACCGGAAGGACCUGCAGCAGCUCCAGAAGGAGUGCAACGAAGCCGCGAAGGUAAAGGCCUCCCUGGAGAGUGAGAGGGCAUCGGCGGAGCAGGCGAAGAAGGUGGUGGAGUCCACCCUGCGGGAGCUGCAGGAGCACAACGACGACCUGCGGAGGAAGAUCCUCGGCCUGGAGACACAGCUGAAGGAGUACGAGCGCUUGGGCGAGAACUGGGAGGGCUCCCAGGCGCGGCUCAAGGAGAAGGUCACCAAACUGGAGACGGAGCGCAGGCAAAUGGAGGAGUCAUUGAGCGAAGCCACGGACCGGGAGCAGGAGCUGCUGAUGGCCAAGCGCUCGCUGGAGACCCGCUUGGAUGACACGCAGCGGAGCCUGGCCCGGCUGACGCAGGAGCACCAGGAGCUGAGUGUGUCCUACCAGGAUGAGCAGAGGCAGAAGGAGCAGCUGAAGCGCGCUAAGAGCGAGCUGGAGGAGCAGAAGCGCCUGCUCGACCGAACCACGGAGAAGCUGAGCAAAGAGCUGGAGCAGAUGACGGAGGAGUCGCACAGCUCACUGGCUGUGCUGAAGUCGCAGCUGGAGGAGUUCAAGGAGAAAUCACGGAAGGAGAUCACGGACUCCCAGAAACAGGCCAAGGACCGGGGCGCCGAGGUGGAGAAGAUGCAGUUCGGCAUGGGCCAGCUGCAGGACGAGGUCGCCCGGCUGAAGCAGGCACUGCAGGACAGCCAGGCGGAGCGGGAGAGCGCGCUCCUGGACAAGGAGGUGCUGCUCCAGCGCCUGCACAACCUCGAGCAGGAGGUGGACGCCAAGAGGCGCUCCCAGGACGACCGCUCGCGGCAGGUCAAGACGCUGGAGGAAAAGUCCAAGCGCCUGGAGGUGGAGCUGGACGAGGAGAGGACCACGGUGGAGCUGCUGACGGAGCGGGUCAACCGCAGCAGAGACCAGAUCGACCAGCUCCGGGCAGAGCUGCUGCAGGAACGCUCCAGCCGCCAGGACCUGGAGUGCGACAAGAUCUCGCUGGAGAGGCAGAACAAGGAGCUGAAGAGCCGCCUGGCCAGCUCCGAAGGCCUGCAGAAACCCAACAGCAACGUGUCGCAGCUCGAGUCGAGGCUCGAGGAGCUACAGGACAAGCUGCAGGCGGAGGAGAGGGAGAAGAGCGUCCUGCUCUCCUCGAACCGCAAGCUGGAGAGGAAGGUGAAGGAGCUGACAAUCCAGAUCGACGACGAGCGGCAGCACGUGAACGACCAGAAGGACCAGCUGAGCCUCCGGGUGAAGGCCCUCAAGCGGCAGGUGGACGAGGCCGAGGAGGAGAUCGAGCGCCUGGAGGGCGCCCGCAAGAAGGCGCAGCGGGACUUGGAGGAGCAGCACGAGCUCAACGAGCAGCUCCAGAACCGCAUCAAGGCGCUGGAGAAAGAGGCCUGGCGCAAGGCCGCCCGCUCGGCCGCCGACUCCUCCCUGCAGGACGACCGGCUCAGCUCCGACGAGGAGGAGUUCGACAGCGCCUACGGGCCCUCCUCCAUCGCCUCGCUGCUGACGGAGGCCAACCUCCAGACCAGCUCGUGCUGACGGCGGCUCGCGCAGCCCCCAGCUGCUCCCCCGGCACGGGCCGACCUCUGAGCUCCGACGCGAGAAAUCAGGCUCCCGCCGGGGAGGCGACGCCUCCGUCUCGGCCGGCGGCCGCCACGGCGCAGAGCCGGCGGAGGAAGGGGCCAAGGACGGAGCCGCUUCUUCUCGCUGUGAAAACUCUUUUAAUCCUAAGGACGUGAAGGAAGGGUGGUGCUUGGCCACUGCUUGAAAAGUGGUGGGACAGGAGGGCGCGGAGACGCCAGGAACCGCCGCCUCAUCCCUCCGUCACCCUAUGGGUCUCCGGGUGCCGGCGGGGGGGAGUAACCGACUGGUUUGGGGCCUGUCCAGGAGCUGCCUCGGCAGGGGCCUCUCCCACCCGUUUAUUUUUAUAUGUCGAUUCCCCCUUCCCUGCCCCAAACGCUAUUUUAAAUAAAGCUGAGAGUUUUAC